AUCAAUCGAAAAUCUUCAAUUUGAUCGAAAAUUUUGAUAAAGUUGUUAAAAAGGACGAUCUUACGAUGAAUUAUGAAAAAGUGAAUUUAAAAGUUGAAAAAUGGUCCCGAAUUUCAUACGUGGCGUUCAUGCAUGUUACCUAUCCCGUUGUUUUUAUACCAAAACUACUUUUAAGUUUUUACAUCUAUUUUACCGAUCGAGAGAGUGAAGCAUUCUUUUUAAACUACCCGAUGUGGAUGCCGUUCGAUUGGAAGACACCGUACGGAUAUUUAAUCACAUUAUGUGUUCAAGUUCCAACGUGGUUUUUCCUUUUGCUAAAUUGCAGUUGUGUUAUUUGCUUAUUUGCCGGAAGUUGUUGGCUUUUAUCAUCGUACAUCGAAAGCAUUGAUGGACAUUUGCACACCUUGAAUCAGGCCAACAAACAGAAUGUUUCGAUGGAAAACGCAUUUUUCCGCAUUAUUCGGACUCAUUCCAAUGCAAAACAGCUUGCAAACGAUCUAUCAGACAUUUAUGAUAUUAUCAUAACUGGUUACUAUUUGUGGUCUUUAAUUACGAUUUGUACAACGCUCUUGGUUAUUCGGGUUAUGAUGUUAAAUAAUGGCAAAAUGAUGGACAUACUAUUUGCAUCAACAAUGAUUUUUUGGGCAUUUAUCCAGAUGUUUUAUAUUUGUGAUUUGGGUGAAAAUGUAACCACUUAUUUUAGCCAAAUCGAAGAUAAAAUUUACUCUUGCGACUGGUACCUAUUCCCUAUGAAAAUACAAAAACUCCUACCAAUUGUCUUAAUGUCGGGUGAGAAACCAGUUAUUAUUCAAGGAUUCGCAAAUCUUAAAUGCACUCGAGAUGCUUUUAAAAAGGUUGUUCAAGGCGGAUUUUCAUACUUCAUGACUCUACAACAAUUUACACGUUAA